UAUUUUUCAGUGCAAUUUUAUAUUUCGUGGAGGAGGCUUGCUUCUCCGAGAACAAUUUUUUUGGAACAAUAAAAGUAAGAUAAUAAUCAAUAAAAGUGUAAUUUGUGUGCUGAAUCGUUCUACAGAUUGUUGAAAAUGCUUGGAGGGAUCUGCGCUUUAUGGGAUCGUAAAACAGCAUAAAACUAGACAUUCACACAACAAAAAAGUAUCAAGAUCAUAAUUGAAAACGUCAAGUAGAAGAUAAAAGAAAAAACGGGAAGUAAAAGAAUGGCUGGAACUAGAAGGGCCCGUAACCAAGCAACUUCAAUUGCUAUACCGAGGCAGAAUUCGGUUUCGGACAAUGGGAGGCCCCGUAAUAACUUGACACCCGAAGCGUUAGCGGGCAUGAGCAAAGAGCAGCUUCGGGCAGAAUGCAGGAAAAGGGGCCAGCGUGCGUCGGGCAACAAAAAUGAGCUGCUCGCCCGGCUCGGGUACUACAAGCUGGCGGCGGCGGUGCAGGAGCCCACCGAGCCGCGUCCGCGCAACGGUCUGCACCACCCCAUUCAUAAGGAAAUAAGGAACAAAUCAAUUCCAAUGGACAGCGACAGCUUAGUACUGUGGCGGCGGCCCUUCACCACCCUCGAGUACUUCUUUAGAGAACUUCUAAUACUGAUCAGCACUGGACUGCAACGGUUAUUAGCGUAUAGACUACUGGCGUUAUCAACCAUUGUGCUAGCAGCCAGUACUGUUGUGUCUUACUACAUUAGUGGGCCACACCAGGCUUACGUACAUUUAGUGGUAUCGACCCUUGCAUGGUGGGGCUGGUGGGUGGUGCUCGGAGUAUGCAGCUCUGUAGGCCUGGGGACAGGGCUCCACACCUUCCUGCUAUACCUGGGGCCGCACAUAGCGCGGGUCACGCUCGCCGCGUACGAGUGUGGCGCGCUCAAUUUCCCGGAGCCGCCGUAUCCCAACGACAUAAUCUGUCCAGCUGAAAAAGAUCCCAAUAACCUAGUGACAAUAUGGAACAUAAUGUCGAAAGUCCGAGUGGAGUCAAUGAUGUGGGGCAUAGGGACGGCCCUUGGGGAGCUCCCGCCUUAUUUCAUGGCACGGGCGGCGAGACUAUCUGGCGGCGGCGUUGUUGAGAUAGCUGGGAAUGAUGAUUCUAGGACUGGCAGGGCAAAAGUGUUCGUGCAGAAACUAGUCCAACGCGUCGGUUUCGCCGGCAUCCUGGCUUGCGCAUCAGUGCCCAAUCCGCUGUUCGACCUGGCCGGGUUGACCUGUGGACACUUCCUAGUGCCUUUCUGGACCUUCUUCGGGGCCACUGUCAUAGGAAAGGCGGUUAUAAAGAUGCAUAUACAGAAGAUGUUUGUAAUUAUUGCGUUUAACGAAACGCUAGUUGGCCAAGUCUUAUCCUGGGUGGAAAGAAUACCAUACAUCGGGCCGAAACUAGAAGCGCCCAUGCUAGAAUUCCUUCGCAACCAGAAAGCGCGCUUACACAAAACCGACGGCUCGUCCCUACCUGAGAACCAAGGAUCAGUGCUCUCAGCCCUACUCGAGAAGUUCGUACUAGCUAUGGUGGUGUACUUCGUGGUGUCUAUAGUGAAUGCGCUCGCGCAGAAUUACAGCAAACGCGUCGGCAAGAAGAAAAGCAAGAAGAGGGAAUAGGGGUUACGGACGCCGGGCGACGCGUUUGGUGGACUCGCGCGGCGACGACAGGUGACGGAUCGUGGUCCGCGCCGGCGUCGGUAGUACACAAAUCGCGCAACAGACGCACCCACGCGUCAAAGUUAAACGUUUACUCCGUCACAAGAUGGCUGCCACCGCCACAAAAUGGCUACCUCUGCGGUCGCGAAAUGGCCGCUCGAAUCUGCCGGUUCGUAGCUAAACAGUUGAGUGAGUGUGACUUUGUUUAUAAACAAUUUGAUAUAGUGAUGUUAUGACGGUAAGUGUUAUGAUAGUUACUAGCCGUAUCACAAAUGCUGACAGUCAUAAAAUAGAGCUUUAUUAGCUUUAAAUGUGGUAAAAUGAUCAAUAACUUUGAAUCUCCACCACUAAUGCUUAUUUCUUUAUUAGCCACAACGCACAAGCAUCAAAAUUUAUAUCUUUUAUUAAUUUUAUGAUACAAAACAAACUCACUACUUUAUUUAUAAAAAACAGCUAUCGUUCGACCAAUGAUUAUCUUGCCUUUACAUUUAUAUGUAAAUAUAGCUUAUAUCCAUCAGGGGUAGAUGUUUAACUUUAAUGCUGAAAAUAGUAUAUCGAGUGCUUAGAAAUAAUUUUAACAUGGGUUUUAAUAUACAGCGUGUUUAAGUGUAGAUAUUAAUAAAUAUAGGGUGCUCAUUUGAAGUCAAAUAGUUGUGGGCGACAAAUGGCAUAGGAUAAUAGGUAAAAAAAUAACGACUAUUGAAACCUUUUUGGAUGUUGUGGUCAAAACUUUAUAAAAAGUAAAAUAUAUAACGUUAUUUUGUAUACACGAUACUUCUUAGUUUAUCAAGUGCUAGUGUUAGGACAAUACCUAGAAUACUAUAAUUACCAGACUAGCCAUUUUUGUUUAAGUUACAGGCAC